CUCAAAUCCGCUCCAAUCGCUCCCAGCCAAGGCUGCUUAGCUUUCUCUGAGCAUUCACCGCUGAUUUUCCACUCCGCAAGGACGGACCGAGCGCUCAGACAAAGCCAUGGCGCUGCGCCUCUCCCUCUCGCUGCUCCUCGUCCUCUCCUCAUCAGCCGCCAUCCUCGUGCAUGCCAGGCUGCCGUCAUCACAACCACCAGCAGCAGCGGAACCUGAUGGCGGCAAGGUUCUCCCGAUGGCGUGGCCCGAGGUGUUCCAUGCCUUAAUGGUGCAGCAACGCGGCGGCGUGCCGGGCGUGACGGACCUCUACUAUGGUGCGUGAGACGACACAGAGAUGGACGACGCAGGCGGACAUGAUCAUUGAUGCUUUUUUUGUCUGCUGUCGGCGCGUCGGGCAGAUUGGCCGAACCGCAGGAAUCUGCACGUCAUUCGCUUGCAGUAUCAGAGCACUCUGUACGACAACGAGCGGCAGGGAUACGGGGCGUACUAUCACCCUACUGAAGGUCAGUCGGUGCGACACACAGUGCAGCACCGACACACCACACACAUUCAUUCCUCGUGUCUGCCUUCCUGCCUUCCCUGGAUGCAGGCACGUGUUUCGUGAUCGAUUUCCAAGGCGUUGGCAUCCUCACGCCCGACUGGCUGGUCGACAACUCGACCUACCUGGGCACACAGGCCGUCAACAACCGCACCUGCCACACAUGGAUGAAGGGCGACAGCAUGGACCCAAACCGACCUGGCCCCUUCCUCCACUACUGGGAGGACGUCCACACGCGGCUGCCCGUGCGAUGGCAAUUCUUCGACGGCAUGAGCUUCGACAUCAUCCAGUGGCAUGCGGGCGAGGCGGCGAGUGAGGCCGUGUGGGCCAUCCCGCCCUACUGCCCCAACAUGACGACGACCGAGGCCCUGGCAGGAAGAGAUCCGACACGUGUGGACGAGCAUGUCUUCUAUCGGAAGCUGGGAGGCGGUUCGGCGCUUGUGCGCUUGUUGCAUGAAGGGGGAGGGGGGAGGCAGUCUAUGUGUGAGGGCGCGAGGGACUGCACUCAACGAAUGGAUGGAUGGAGAGGGAGAAGCGGACUGCUGGGGACGCGUAGUCGCCUGUCUGUAUAAGCGAUUGCUUCCAUAGGUCUUCUUGACGUGUGUCUGUGAGUUCCUGCGUGCAUUUUUGUACGUCGUUUUCCUUAGGUGUGAGAGGUAUGUAUGCUGUCGGAGUGUGGAG